CAGAGCCCCAAUUAUUAAAACACCACCCUCCUAUUUAAACAGCCGCCCCUCACCCAGCCACCUCGUCCCGUUCCGCCUCCCAUAUGAUUGCCUACUUCAAAAACCUACCCCGUCUUCUCUCCUCCGCCGCCGGAGAUGACGACUGCACGUCCGCGGACGAAACUAACAUCGGCGAACUGUUACCGUACGGGCGCGACUUCGGAGGUAUGGUUACCUCCGUUCCGGCUGCGGUGAUCCAACCUUCAACCGCCGACGAAGUCGCAAGUGCUAUCCGCUUCGCUCGCGCGAAAGGCCUGGCCUUGGCUGCAAGAGGUAACGGACACUCGAUUCACGGGCAGGCUGGAGCUUCCGGUGGACUCGUUCUCGAUAUGCGGGCUCUCGCUGGGCCCUUAAAGCUAACGAGCGGUACUAUAGGACCUUGCGCGGAGGUUCCUGCAGGUGCUCUGUGGGCCGAGGUGUUGGAGUGGGCCGUGACAGAGCACGGGAUGGCUCCGCCGUCAUGGACGGACUAUUUGGGGCUGACUGUCGGCGGCACGCUCUCUAACGGCGGGGUAAGCGGACAGACCUUUCGUUACGGCCCGCAAGUUGUAAACGUUGCCCGGCUCGAGGUUGUUACCGGCGACGGCGAGCGACGAGUUUGCUCGCUGGAAGCCGGGAGGCCGACCCGUUCUCUGCUGUUCUAUGCUGUUCUCGGCGGACUUGGCCAGUUCGGCGUAAUCACGCGCGCUUGGAUUCCGCUUCUGCCUGCCCCUGAUACGGUGAAAUGGUUGCGAGUUGUCUACAGUGAUUUUUCGCGGUUCACGCUGGACGCAGAAUCACUCGUCCAACGAUACGGACCUGAAUCGUUCGAUUACGUGGAGGGAUUCGCCUUUGUCAACUGCGACCAUCCAGUCAACGGGUACGGAUCGGUCCCGCUCGACUCAGACCGACAAGCGUUCGACCCGGACCGAGUCCCGCAAGGAUCCGGGCCGCUCUUAUACUGUCUUGAGCUCGCACUUCACUACAACGACGGCGAUGACUCGGUUGACCAGCGGGCGGCUGAGAUGCUGAAGCCUCUAGGAUACGUCAGGGGUCUGGAGUUCAGUGCGAAAGUGUCAUACGUGGACUUCCUCUCACGUGUGAAUCACUCCGAGGCAGAGGCACGUGCGAAUGGUAGCUGGCACACACCACAUCCUUGGCUCAACAUCUUCGUUUCCGCAUGCGACAUCGUCGACUUCGAUCGGGAGGUUUUCCGCAAGAUCCUCCGCCGUGGUGUCGGAGGGCCCAUGCUAGUCUACCCCAUGGUCCGCAGCAAGUGGGACCAGAGAAUGUCGGUGUCGGUACCGGACGGUAAAAUCUUCUACUUGGUGGCGCUGCUCCGGUUCGGUCUGCCUCCGCCGGCCGGUCCUUCGGCCGAGGAGAUGAUGGCGGAGAACCAAGCCGUGGUGGACUGGUGUCGUUCGGCCGGUUAUGAUUACAAGCUCUACCUACCACACUACAGGGAUCAGAGCCAGUGGGCGGUUCACUUUGGGGAAAAGGGCUGGAGGCGGUUCGUGGACCGGAAGGACCGAUACGACCCGGACGCCAUUCUCUCGCCCGGACAGCUCAUCUUUUCGCCGGAGGGGACGCCGCACCGCCGGUGAUUAGUGGAGAAGGACGAUGCCAGCUGUAAUUCUUUUUUCAUUUAUUUUUUUAUUUUCUCUUUUGCACUUUUAAGAUAUUUUAAGAUAUAUUGUGGCUGUUAAUUAAUUUGUUGGGUCGAUUAAGUUGCAUGAA